UCCUCGCGCCGCCGCCACUCCUCGCGCUCUCCUUCGGCUGCAACCAGCCCAUCGCUCCCCGCUCGCCGGGCUGCUGCAGUCUGUCUGUCUGUCUGUCUGUCUGUCUGUCUGUCUCUCUCAAGUUUCCUAUCUCGUCAAGAUCAGGGCAAAGGGAGGAAAACACCCAAUUCUGCUUGCCGUUUCAGAGUGGUGAUGAAGAUGAAACUGAACAUCUGCAACAUGCAGUUGCUGCUUCUUGUUUUCUUGGUGUGGGACCCAGCCAGGUUGGUGCUGGCUAACAUCCAAGAAGAUGAGGCUAAAAAUAACAUUACCAUCUUUACAAGAAUUCUAGACAGACUUCUGGAUGGUUACGAUAAUCGGCUUAGACCAGGACUGGGAGACAGUAUUACUGAAGUCUUCACUAACAUCUAUGUGACCAGUUUUGGCCCCGUCUCAGAUACAGAUAUGGAAUAUACAAUAGAUGUUUUCUUUCGACAAAAAUGGAAAGAUGAACGGUUAAAAUUUAAAGGUCCUAUGAACAUCCUCCGACUUAACAAUUUAAUGGCCAGCAAAAUCUGGACGCCAGAUACCUUCUUCCACAACGGGAAAAAAUCAGUAGCACAUAAUAUGACAAUGCCAAACAAGCUUCUUCGAAUCCAGGAUGAUGGGACUCUGCUAUACACAAUGAGGCUUACAGUUCAAGCUGAAUGUCCAAUGCACUUGGAGGAUUUCCCAAUGGAUGCCCACUCAUGUCCUCUGAAAUUUGGCAGCUAUGCGUAUACAACCUCGGAGGUCACUUACAUUUGGACAUACAAUGCAUCUGAUUCUGUACAAGUUGCUCCUGAUGGCUCUAGGUUAAAUCAGUAUGAUCUGCUGGGCCAAUCAAUUGGGAAGGAGACAAUUAAAUCCAGUACAGGUGAAUAUACCGUAAUGACAGCUCAUUUCCACUUGAAAAGAAAAAUUGGGUAUUUUGUGAUUCAGACAUAUCUGCCUUGCAUCAUGACUGUUAUUCUCUCCCAAGUGUCAUUCUGGCUUAACAGAGAAUCUGUGCCGGCAAGAACUGUGUUUGGAGUAACAACUGUUCUCACAAUGACCACUCUAAGCAUCAGUGCUCGGAAUUCUCUCCCCAAAGUGGCUUAUGCAACUGCCAUGGACUGGUUUAUUGCUGUUUGUUAUGCAUUUGUGUUCUCUGCCCUAAUUGAAUUUGCAACUGUUAAUUACUUCACCAAAAGAGGAUGGGCUUGGGAUGGAAAGAGUGUAGUAAAUGACAAGUCCCCUUCAAUAAAAGCUGAAGGCAUUACAUUAAUAUACAACUCAGUGAAGGCAAUUCUUCAAGGAGCUAAGCUAAUAUGGUCCAAGUAUAUAGCUUUCUCAUGGCCCAGUUUAAUCCAAGGAAAGACUUUAGAGUACUUAGAGAAGUGGAUGGACUGUAUAAUCUUCAAACAAUCUUCUAAAAAAGAAAAAGCCUCUGUCAUGAUACAGAACAAUGCUUAUGCAGUGGCAGUUGCCAAUUAUGCCCCGAAUCUUUCAAAAGACCCAGUUCUCUCCACCAUCUCCAAGAGUGCAACCACGCCAGAACCCAACAAGAAGCCGGAAAACAAGCCAGCCGAAGCCAAGAAAACCUUCAACAGUGUUAGCAAAAUUGACAGAAUGUCUAGAAUAGUUUUCCCAGUUUUGUUUGGUACAUUUAAUUUAGUUUACUGGGCUACAUACUUAAACAGAGAACCUGUAUUAGGGGUCAGUCCUUGA